AUGCAAAUACCAAGGAAUCUUCAACUUGCCGAUCCAAGAUUCCAUAGACCUGCUCCAAUCGAAAUAUUGUUGAGCGCCGGACCUACAUUAGCUUCACUCUGCGUUGGUCAACUUGACAUUAAUCAAGAUAACGGGCCCGACUUGCGCCUGCAAAAAACGCGUUUCGGAUGGGUCAUCGGGGGGAGCCCAGCCUCGCAGUCUUCAGCAUAUACGUUCCACGCCUCCACGACGGCUUUACAGGCGGACCUCGCCCGCUUUUGGGAAAUCGACGAAGGACCUUCCAUUCCACACAUUUCAGAAGCGGAACAACAAUGUGAGGAUCAUUUUCGACGUCACGUACAACGCACAAACGAAGGACGAUACAUGGUCGCUCUCCCAUUCAACAAAACAACUCUUUCACUCGGAUCCUCCAAGGCCAUGGCGAUGAAGCGACUCACAUCUCUCUGCCGUCGCUUUCAACGGGACAAACAGUUCGAAGCCGACUAUCACGCCGUAAUACAGGAAUAUCUUGAUCUAGGACACAUGUCGAAGAUAACCACGGACCACUCCACGGAAGACGGAUAUUUUCUGCCACAUCACGGCGUGAUCAAAGAGUCCAGCCAAACGACGAAACUCCGAGUCGUAUUUGACGGAUCAGCACCAACCAGCACCGGAGUUUCCCUGAACGACGUACUUCACACAGGACCGAAACUGCAAGAAGACUUAUUUUUCAUUCUCCUAAGAUUUCGCUCGCAUCAAUACGUUCUUACAGGAGAUAUUGAAAAAAUGUACAGGCAAUUUCUCGUGCGUCCAGAGGAUCGUAAAUUUCAGCAAAUUUUGUGGCGUAACAAUAAUGGAGAAGUCGACACUUAUCAACUUAACACAGUGACGUUCGGGCUGUCAGCAGCGCCGUAUCUGGCCAUACGGUGCCUCAAACAAUUGGCGGACGACGAGGGACAUCGGUAUCCACGAGCAGCGAUGGUCUUGCAGCGAGACUUCUACGUCGACGAUGUUCUCACAGGAGUCAAUACAAGGGCCGAGGCACAAUCAUUGAGAACGGAACUCACAGAACUGCUCAAACUAGCCGGUCUAAAUAUUCGUAAAUGGGCGUCAAACGACCGAAAGCUGCUACGAGGACUUUCCCAACAUGACAUAAACGACGAAUUACAACUGGGCGAAUCUCAAACAUUAAAAACCCUAGGAGUUUUUUGGAAUUCAUCUGACGAUUCAAUCUUAUACUACGUCAAAAUCCGGCCUACCGGUUGCCGAAUCACGAAGAGGAUAAUCAGCUCCGAAAUCGCCAAAAUCUAUGAUCCACUUGGAUUACUUGCGCCAGUGAUCAUUCGAGCAAAAAUGUUACUCCAACGACUUUGGACACUAAAACUCGACUGGGACGAAUCUUUACCGGCUGACUUGCAUACAGAGUGGAAUGAGUAUUACACGCAGCUGCCAUUCCUGAACAAUAUAAGAUUUCCACGAAAAACGAUAAUCAAGUCUGCAGCCGAAAUUGAGAUACACGGAUUCUGUGAUGCCAGCGAAAAGGCGUAUGGGGCAUGCAUUUACCUUCGCACCAUCACUCCGGAUGGUCAAGUCUGGAUACGACUCCUCACGGCAAAAUCAAAGUAUGAGUUUACAAAGUUAACAAACAACUACGCGGAUAAGACACUUAUGACAAUGGCCUAA